AUGACACGAGAACAGUACAUAUUGGCAACACAGCAGAAUCACCUGCCCCGAACGGAGAAUCCUCAAUUUUAUCCAGUCGGAAUUUAUGGAUGGAGGAAGAGGUGCUUAUACUUUUUUGUCCUCCUGCUUCUGGUUACUGCAAUUGUUAACUUAGCCAUGACGAUAUGGAUUUUGAAAGUGAUGAAUUUUACUGUGGAUGGGAUGGGGAAUCUGAGAGUCACCAAGGAAGGAAUCCGACUUGAAGGUAUAUCUGAAUUUCUACUUCCAUUGUAUGUGAAAGAAAUCCAUUCCCGAAAGGACAGUCCACUGAUCUUACAGUCUGACAGGAAUGUUACCCUGAAUGCCCGGAAUGCCCUGGGGCAACUCACUGGCCAGCUGACUGUAGGAGCAGACACUGUGGAAGCUCAGUGUAAAAAGUUUGAAGUGCGUGCAAGUGGAGGUGGCAGGGUCCUGUUUUCUGCCAAUGAAGAAGAGAUCACCAUUGGGGCUGACCGACUCAAAGUAACAGGCACAGAAGGAGCAGUAUUUGGACACUCUGUGGAAACACCUCAUAUCAGAGCAGAACCCUCACAAGACCUCAAACUUGAAUCUCCAACUAGAUCUUUGAUAAUGGAAGCACCCAGAGGGGUCCAAGUGAGUGCAGCUGCAGGAGACUUCAAGGCCACCUGCAGGAAAGAACUUCAUUUACAAUCCACAGAGGGGGAGAUAUUUUUAAAUGCAGACACCAUUCGUCUGGGAAAUCUGCCUGUGGGCUCCUUUUCAGCUGCCCCACCAAGCUCCCCAGGACCUCAACAGACUGUGUAUGAGCUCUGUGCCUGUCCCAAUGGCAAACUGUACCUUUCCCCAGCCGGAGUGGGUUCUACGUGUCACUCCAGUAGCAGCAUCUGCUUGUGGCACUGA